ACGUUGACAGAGCGGGAGCGGGGCCGCGCCGUGCGGGGCACUGCGGGCGGUCCGGGCGCUGGCCGUGCUCGCUGUGCCGUUUCGGGGUGCGGGAACGGCGCCGCUGCCACAGUAAAAAUGUCUUCGCCUCCCAAAGAGAAAGCAGAGACGCGGGCCGGACACCCUCCUGCUGUGAAAGCUGGUGGGAUGCGGAUUGUGCAGAAACACCCACACAAUUCUGAUGCCAAAGAAGAAAAAGAUAAGGAUGACCAAGACUGGGAAACCAGCAGCCCACCUAAACCAGCGGUGUUCAUCUCUGGUGUCAUUGCUAGGGGUGAUAAGGACUUCCCUCCAGCUGCAGCUCAGGUGGCUCAUCAGAAACCACAUCCUUCUGUGGAAAAGCUUCCUCACCCACAGCAUGUCAAACAGCACAUCCAUCAGCCCCGCAAAUGAUCUGUCCAUCAAGAUCUCAGCCAAACUGCUGUCAGUGAAUAAGUUUUCAAGAGAAGACAAAACCCCUAUAGGAUUCACACUGUCAGAUCAGUAAAAUUGACCUCUAAAAUAACAUGCUGUUUCUUUUUCUUUAAUUGUCAAGGGUUAAUAAGAAUGAAGACAUUGUUCAGUUGUUAUCCCAGAUGGAAAAUUCUCUAUUAAAUAUUUGCUGAUCAGGGGUGCUUUUUAAUAAUAUUUUCUUAUUGCCAAGAUAAAAACUUUAGUAUGAAUAAUAUGAUUAAUGAGCUUAUAACUUUUACUUUUAGUUGUGGCAUCGCAAUAGCAGAUAGUUAAUGUAGUUUUUAUUCUAAGCCAGUAGGGAAGAAUGGCCCUUUGGUCCUGGUACCUGUACCAUUUGUUGUGUGUGUUGAGACAGAAAUCGAUGGUUGUCUGGAUUAUGUAGAACUGUUGUAGUGUUCAGUAUCCUACAGUGUUACACUCCAGUGACUGUGCCCUCUGAAUUCAACUAGGAAGAUGAUAAAAGGUCCCCAAAACCUUCUCAGGUGGGCAGAGAUCCAGCUGAAUCUUCUUUACACCCCUUUGCACAGUCUGGCUGAGGUUUUUCCCUUUGGAGGUCUGUGGGUAUGAAGAGGAGAGAGAAACCAGAGUUACAAGAACGCUGCUGCUGUAGGCAACCAAUCUCUGAUCUCAUGGGUUUCACUAAGGGGCUGUAUUUUUGAGGUGAUGAUUUCUCAAUCCCAAUAACAAGUUGAAGGAGCUCAGGACCCUCUGGAAUUGAAAUUAAAGUAAAUUGGUGAAAUAUCUGUUUACUUUUUAAGUUAGAAUUUGAUAUCACCAUAUGAAAUUAAGAGGUGGCAUUAGCAAAUAUGUUUAUGACACAACCUCUGUUGCACAUCAUAUUUUUUCCUAAUUGUCUUAUUGUGAAGGACAGUUGUGAUAUGAGGGAUUAAAAAAAAGCUAUUUUUCAAAUAGAGCAAUUGUUUUAGUUUUGGCCACAUAAUUAAAUCUUUUGAUUGCUCAGCUCAAAAUCACUUAGGUCUAUCAUUUUCCUUCUGUAACUCAUCUCUGUAAAAAACAGGAAAAUUAUUUUUUUACAUCCUGCCUAUGUUUUUAAAGUGUCCUUCUGUUUUUAGUUGACUACAAAUACCAUACAGCCUUUGGUACCUUUCGGGUUUAUAAAAUUUCUAAUGAUGUUAAAAACAUGGGAGCUAGCACUGCAACCAUUCACCUGGCAAAUCAAUGAAAGUUUGGGAUCACUUUGGGCUUUACUAAUUCAUUUAUGUUUAAAAUCAAAUAGUGUAUAAAAGCAAUGAGGAGAGUUUUAAAAAAACAUUAUUUUUAAGAAUUUCUGCAGAUUAAAUCAUUAUUUCCUGAGAAGCUGAUUUAAAACAACAGCAGUGAAAUAAUGGGAAAUAUGGCCCAUUUCACAAGUGGAAUAACUCACUUAUGUGGGUGAGAGGGACCUGACAUUUCCAUCUCUUCAUAAGCUUGAAAUGGAAAUGAUGUUUUGCAAAUCCUCUGUGUGGAUAUAUUUAUUCUACACCCGAGGAAGGAUGUACAAUCUGUAUAUGCAGUCCUGAAUUUCAGUUUAAUUAGAUAACCAUACUUGCCUUAAGGAACGAAUGUAGUUUAUAAGAAUAAUUCUGUAUUAAAAUAUGCAUAAUUUUUAAAAUAUGCUUUCUGUUUCUGAUGUUGGUGCAGCAGAGGCCUUGGUUGUAGCUGCUUAUGAAUGUACAAGUGAUUCACACAUGAGUAACUCAUUCAUAAGGGUAGCAUUUGUUAAGCCUCGUGGAAUAUCUGCACGAGAUAAUUUGCUGGCAGGAAUAUUUGCAGAUUCAGGACAGGAAGUGGUUGAUGGUGCAGCCAGGAGCUGUCAGUGACCUGCAUCAGCAGUGAAGCUGAUCAUCACAAUCAUUUGAUGCCGGUACCUGCUGCCUUGGGAGGGAGCUGGAUGGGGUUCAGCUCUCCUUCGUGUUGUGCCUACAUCUGCAGUAGUGUCUAGACCUCAGCUAUAGUCAGUGGUGAUGCAAUCAAACAGUCAGUAGAGUUUAGGUAUGGCAUUGUUGACCAAAGGGAAGUGUCUUUUAAGUUGAGCUGGAUCACUCUUGGCUCCACUGACUGCAGUGGAAAACUAAACCCAGGUGUAGAAGCACAGGAUUAGGUGGCACUGGGUACCUCUACUCCACGUCUUGUAAUGAGUGGUAGAAUUGCUUCUAAAAGCAACAACACAUUUCCGUUGCAAUACUAAAAGUUAGGAACAUGGAUGUGUUUGAAUUACAAACUACUGCUCCUGGUUGUUAAUGCAAUAUAUACAGUAUACAUAGACAAUACAUGAAUUUUGUCUUUGAUUACUUAGAUAGAUAAGUAAGUUUGUACAGUGGAGUAUGGCUCUUAAGAUAGCUUUAGUAGCUUUUAGAGUGCAGGAAUUCCUGUAUGGUUAGAAAAUGUCUCUGUAUGAAAGCCUUUUAUAUAUUGUUGGGAGGUUUCCAUGUUUAUACAUCAGUGUCCUUACCAAAGCAUUACCUUGCUCGAAAUAAAGAAUCAUAACUGGUGAACUGGAUUUCCUACUGAUGAUUAUUGAUGCUUUUAAAAUAUGUUACAAUGACAUAUAAACACAGGAGAUGUUCAGAUGUUAUCUUGAAAUGACUGCAAAAUAAAUUUUCUGUAAUUGUCAAUGUGGCAAUAAUGCAACAAUAAAGCAUGAAGUUGUGUA